AUAACCGUCAUUUAUGGGUUACAAACGGAAUCGGUGUAUCGAAAAUGGCAUCGUUGUUACGGUUUUCUCGAGGUUUCCUUCGAAGUCCAUCACUUUCUCAGUAUAUAGUUGGCAAUCAUCAACGAAGAUGGUCUGUAAUUGUUGCCGGUAGUACUGAGCACACGAUGGGCGUGAGAAAACGAAUUUAUGAAAUGAGGGAGAAGGCACUUCUUGGUGGAGGGCAAAAGCGAAUCGACAAACAGCACAAAAAGGGAAAACUGACAGCCAGGGAACGGAUACAGCUGCUGUGUGAUGCCGAUUCCUUUGUUGAAUACGACAUGUUCCUCGAACACAACUGUACAGACUUUGGGAUGGAGAAGGAGAAGUAUCCAGGUGACAGUGUUGUCACGGGACGAGGUUACAUCAAUGGACGACUUGUUUUUGUCUUCAGCCAGGACUUUACAGUAUUUGGAGGAAGUCUCUCUGGAGCACAUGCUAAGAAAAUCUGUAAGAUAAUGGACCAGGCCAUUGUAGUGGGAGCCCCGGUGAUUGGUCUCAAUGAUUCCGGUGGGGCUCGUAUUCAAGAAGGUGUUGACUCUCUGGCCGGCUAUGCAGAUAUUUUCCAGAGAAACGUUGAGUGUUCUGGUGUCAUACCUCAGCUGUCGAUCAUCAUGGGACCAUGCGCAGGUGGCGCUGUAUAUUCUCCAGCUCUGACAGAUUUCACCUUCAUGGUCAAGGAGACAUCCUACCUAUUCAUCACCGGACCAGACGUUGUCAAGUCUGUUACAAACGAAGAUGUCACUCAAGAGGAACUGGGGGGAGCCAAAACACACACAACUGUUUCUGGCGUGGCUCACCGAGCGUUUGAGAAUGAUGUUGAUGCUCUGCUGAUGGUUCGAGAGUUGUUCAGUUUUCUCCCUUUACACAGCCACGAUUCCGCGCCCAUCAGGCAGUGUGACGAUCCAUGGGAUAGACUGGUGCCUGGUCUUAACACAGUUGUCCCCCUUGAGUCCACAGCAGCCUAUGACAUGCAUGGAGUUAUUACUGGGAUUGUUGAUGAGGAAGAUUUUUUUGAAAUUAUGCCCAACUAUGCUAAAAAUAUCCUCAUCGGUUUUGCUCGACUGAACGGUCGUACUGUGGGUAUAGUGGGUAACCAGCCGAGUGUUGCGGCAGGGUGUCUUGACAUCAAUUCCUCGAUAAAAGGUGCUCGAUUCGUCCGAUUCUGCGAUGCCUUUAAUAUUCCAAUUAUCACAUUUGUUGAUGUGCCAGGCUUUCUACCAGGCACCAACCAAGAAUACGGUGGUAUUAUUCGACAUGGUGCCAAACUUCUGUUUGCGUUUGCGGAGGCCACUGUGCCUAAGAUAACGGUCAUCACCAGAAAGGCAUACGGCGGUGCGUAUGAUGUGAUGAGUUCGAAGCACCUCAAAGGUGACAUCAACUACGCAUGGCCUACAGCAGAAGUUGCUGUGAUGGGAGCCAAGGGUGCAGUCAAUAUUAUAUUCCGAGGCCAUGCAUCGACGGAGGAACAAGAAUCUGCAUACAUCCAGACGUUUGCAAACCCCUUUCCAGCUGCUGUCAGAGGAUUUGUUGAUGACAUCAUUGAACCCAGCACGACCAGAAUGAGGCUGUGUAAGGACUUGGACAUUCUGUCCAGCAAGAAUGAGGUGAGGCCAUGGAAAAAACACGCUAACAUGCCUCUGUGAAGACACUGACAUGCCCUUGUGAGAUGGUGACUACCUAACCCAGUGACUCUCAGUGUGGUGUUGUGUUCCAGUUGUUUACUACCCGAGUUCUCAGCUUGAAGAUAGGCCAAACACUGAAAUUUAUGUUUGUGACAGAACUUUGAUCAUUCUCGGCCGCUCUCAGAACAGCUGCCAUUUUAUUUUUCUAUUUAUGGAUCGGCUGAAAUUAAUCGAAAGGUUCCACAAGUGAACGUUUUACUGGAAAAAUAAAAUAAUGCUGGUGCGGUAGCAGUGUAGUUUUACUGUAGGUGAAGUGCUGAGAGCCCGGUUUUUAUUUGAUUGCUUUGUGAUGUAGAGUUAACAAGUGUGUUUAAAUGUCUUUUGAAAGUGGUUUUCCAGAAUAUGUAAGGAACAGAAUACUCCACUCCUAUUCAUUAACUUGUUAUCUGACAAUUCAUUGUUUUUAAAGGUGUUGAGAUGUGUUGUCAAGAUAGAUACAUGUACAUCAUGGUAUUUAAAGGUGUUUAGAUGUGUUCUCAAGAUAGAUACAUGUACAUCAUGGUAUUUAAAGGUGUUUAGAUGUGUUCUCAAGAUAGAUACAUGUAUAUCAUGGUAUUUAAAGGUGUUGAGAUGUGUUCUCAAGAUAGAUACAUGUAUAUCAUGGUAUUUAAAGGUGUUUAGAUGUGUUCUCAAGAUAGAUACAUGUAUAUCAUGGUAUUUAAAGGCUAUUCAUGUAGUAUUCUAUUGAGUCUAAUAACCUAUUUAUUACUCCAGUGGGCACAUGUAACCAGGGAAAUAAAAAGUCAUAAUUACUCAUUCAGAAUUUAUCAUGCAUUGAUGUAACAUGCAACAUUAUUGGACAAUUUGGUGCUUACAAACCAGUGACUGUAUUAGUACUAAAUACGACAUCACAAUUUGGCAAAUGCACAAAAGACUUCACAAAAUUUAAUUAAUUUUGCAUUUAUGCCUCUUAUCUGUUUUCAUUGUUAAAUUUUGAAAUAAAGUGUUAUUUUAAUGCAGUUCAUUAUGGUUUUUUGAACAAAACAAAAUAGAACUUGGGGUUUGAAAGAUACUUGUGGACCUGAAUGAAAUACAAAAUUAUAGCAAUUCUCCUAACAGUGUGUAAAUAUAGUAUAACUACAUGUAGCUAAUGAUGUAGGAUAUCGGCAUUAUUCUUUGAAGGUAACAAUGGGAAAUUCCCAUUCGGCCUGAACAGGACAAAGCCCAUAUCCUACACCAUUCACUACAUGUUAUUAUUUCUUAUUCUGCAAUCCAUCAGCCAUUAAGGCUAAAAACAAUUAUUUAUGUUAUUUUACAUACAUUGUACAAUGACCUAGCAUUUCAGUGAAUGGUUUUGUAAUGGAUCUAUGCAUGUGACGUCACAUAUGUGAUGUCAGAAGUAAUAAUCUGCUAGUAAACGUUUAUGACAUUA